ACUCAUACCAAAAGCGUUAACACAGCAUCGGAUGAGACUUUGUUCUCUCCACAUUAUAGGGGGUUGCUCCAUCAUUCAUCGUCAUCCUAGCCUGAGAUCUGCAUCAAUGCUGCCUUUCACCCGCGAUAUAAAAUCUCUGCGGGUGCAAAGAAACAAUGUUUCCUCCUCUCUCGCGCGAACCUAUUAACUAAGGAUGUUGCUCAACGCUUUACUCGCAGCUCUCGCUAUUGCCAGCGUCGCGCAUGCCGCACCUGCUGGUGGUGUAGGUCUGAAUAGGACAGCCGAUUAUGUCCCACUGAGUGAUUUUGAUUUCCAGUCUCUCAACCUUGCUCUGCAACAAGAAUGGCUGGAGCUUUCUCUAUUCCGUGCGGGCAUCAAUGCCUUCGCACCACUAAAUUAUUCGGAUGCUGGACUCACUACCGAUGAUCAGGCCCUCCUCCAAUUUAUGGCCGACCAGGAAGUUGGUCAUGCUCAACUCCUUACGAACAUUCUCGGUCCUAACGCGUCCCAGCCUUGCAACUACUCAUUUCCUUUCAGUAAUGUCUCGGAAUUUGUUGAUCUCAGUAGGAAGGUCACCCGUGUAGGCGAAUCAGGUGUAUUCGGAUUCCUCCAGCAUCUGGAUUCUCGCGCUGCUGGUGAUAUCCUGGGUCAAGCUAUUGCAACUGAGUCACGCCAGCAAAUGGUCUUUCGACAAUUUGAAGGAUUGUUCCCUAUGACGUUCUGGUUCAUACCUGCGAUCACUCAGAGUAUGGCUUGGACUCUUCAAGCGCCUUUCCUUACCGAAUGUCCCUCAACAAACCCACGCGUGGGAUGGCAGAUCUUCCCCGGCUUGAACGUGACAAGCAACGCAACUUCAGCGACAACCUUUGCCAACGGUACAGCUGGCCGUCCUGCGAUCUCGACCGUUCGUCCUUCGCUCUCGGAGACCAAUCAGACUCUUAACCUCACCUGGGAGAGCCCCGGACUGCAAGUUGGUCCCAACUCGACGUAUAACACCUCGAGCGCAGCUGGAGAACCCAUGUUUGCCGCAUGGAUUUCUCAAUUGAACAUCACCUACAGCCCUUUGACCAAUGUCAGCAAUAACACCGCUUUGACCACUCAGCCUGGAGGUGCCACUAUUUUCCAGGAUGUUCGUAAUGACACCGAUUUUCCUGUUAUCAACGGCACAAUCUUCUUGCUCGUUACUGAUGCUGAUCUCUUCGUCACACCUUAUAACCUUUCCCAAAUCGAACCCCACAUCGUCGCUGGCCCUGCCCUCUACACCGUCGAUUGAGCAUUGGUUUAAUGCGAUAGAUGAGGCAAAUAUCAUAAUAUGGUCCAUCCAUGUCGGACAAACGCAUUCAUCGAAAUGAGUUGGAGACAGAAGAACUGUUGCCUUCGCUAGGAAGAAUGAAUAUAUCAAAAUUUUUUUCUGAGGCAAUGGUCAUUGUGCCUAGGGAGUCUUGAAUUAUUAUUUCUUUUUGCAAUGGUUGUUUAUGUUGUCUCUGCCUUGAGAAAGAGCUACAUAGCUGAAAUGGUGUAGUUUCACAGAAAUGAAUCUGUAUCUAUGGCUCGUGCCC